AUGUUACCUUCGGAUCAGUCGUCAACGGUUUUCCAUUAGUCGUAGUGAAAGUUUGAACACAUUAAUGGCGUCGUUUGGUUGACGCCUUGAUAGCGUCUUUCCAAAAAUGGUGAAUAAAUUGUGCUUCAAAAAAUUGCUCAGUUUGCCGGGCACACUGUCUACCACAUGUUCUAUCAGAGAGUAUUUGAGCAUCAAAGGUUGCUUGGUUUGAAAUUGGUUCCCAAGUUAAAACUUGCUCACAUUUGGCCAUCAACCUGGCAGAGAAUGACGGUAAGCUUGGCCACACAGCUGUACUCCAAACAUAUGGCCAUGGCUUUAAAAUUUUUAAGAGAAGACAAAAAAACAGCGCAUUUAUUCAAUGGAUCGGAAGCUACAGAAAAGCUUACAAAGCUUAUUAAUGACACAUUUGACAUUAUGAAUGGACGACACAAGGAGUUAACUGAGGAGUGCCAUCGCAAUCCUGGAAAACGUCCAAUAAUAGCCGCAUUUGCGUCAGAUACGACUCUAGAUGGCUGGCGCUUGUCUAUCCGUAGCACCAUUGACUUGACAGAAGAGUUAUUGAAUCCAAAAAACCCUUUAGAGAAAUACGAUUUCGUACUGACAGCAAAAUGGAACCAAGACGCCUUAGAGAUGACUUUUUGGGCGCAUACGUUCAGUCGAUACACAUCCAACGGCUGCAAGUUUUCUACAUAUUAUCAGGAUGAUGUCAUUGUACACACCCGCGAAGAUACUAUUGCGGAACGCAAAUGUAGAAAAUGAUGACCAUAUUAGGGUGCUCGUCGAUUUUAAGGAGUGUCUCAUUAAAAAAUUCCCCGACAAUGCUAAGGCUGCUACUGAUUUAAGGGUAGCAAUGAAAGAUGAUUUAAUGGAAGAGCUGGGAAAGCGUUACGUGAACGAGUUGCCCUUGUCCAAAGAAGAUAGAAUCGGUAACUUUCUCAUAUACGAUGUAGCAGGUUACAUGGUGAAAACGAGAGAAAACCUUUUCGAGUGUGAGGCAUGCAGACAGACCGUAAUUACCAAAGAAGCAGAUCUACCAAGUGAUUUUGACGCAGAUGCAUACACGAGAGCUCGAACCAAAGGUGGACUGGUGUUUGUCACCCUGUCAAUGUACCAAACUUUGUGCGCAAUUGAAAAAGUUGUCUCAAACCACUUUAAGUCACUUAAUCAUAUUUAUAUCACUGAUACAUUCCAAGAGUGUAUAGCAAAAGUUAAAUUAACCAAUGUACUGCCCCAUUGUAAUAUGGGAACUUUAAUAAUGGAGUAUGUAAAAGUGAGAUAUUAUUUUGAAUCUAAACGUUUGAAAGAUGUUUUAUUGUCCAAAGAACAAACAACAGUCCAGGCGAGUUUCAAACUGGCCAAAAAUGCCCAUACAAGAAAUUUAAUACAAAGUAAUACUUAAA